UGAAAAUGAGUUUAAACCAGUCGCGGAGCCAUUAUUUCCAGCCUCAUAAUCAGAAUAGUUUAGAUCUGAGCCAGGUAAUUUUAGGAUGUGACUUAGUAGAAAGCCCAACCUUACAAAUCCCUGUAUGGGAAAGCAACUAAAUUAGAGCAUAAGAGUGUUGACAAGCUUCCGAUUUAUAAAUAAAUUUGACAACUUCCAGGCAUCUAGCUCUUUUGACAAGAAGUUUUAUGGGAAUGGUAGUCGGCAUUCUUUUGAGUUUCAGAAGAAACAUCCUGAGAUUUCUCCACCUAGACCUAAAGACCUUAUUAAUAAAGAGAUAGUUCCAGUAAAACCUCCAAAGUUUAUAAAAUAAUAGCAUGAACAUCAGUGAUAUUGAAGGUGCACAGGUGCGAAAGCUUUUCAGGCUAAAAACCAGAGAUAUCAUGAAAUGCAGGGAUAUUGAUGGCGCAUAUCCUAAAAUCAGACGCAAGCAUUAUAAAGACUAUGCUUUUGAUGAUUACUCUGAUGUUACAAGAAACAUACCAAGGCUUACCUUUCUUGAUAAAUUGAGUAAUAACUCACAGAUUAGUCAUUAUAAACGUUUGUUGAAGAAUAGAAUACAAAGUUUGAAAGAUCAAAGUUAUAUUCUAAACGGUCAGAAUCACUCUUUAUUUCCAAAGGAGAAAGUAACAGAGAAAGACCACAGACAUGCUCCUAAGAGAGCUAGAAUGCAGAAGCUCAGCAGGAGUAUAUCUAACUUUAAUGAGAAAUAAAGCAUCCAGUACAAAAGAGAACCCUAAUAAGCUAUUUCAGAACAACUCUUUUGUGAACUAUAAUAAUAUUACUGUUGAGCCUAAUAAGAAGCAUUAUGAGAAUUUCUCUAAGAAAUUUGAAUCUCUCAAGAAGACAAGUUCAAGGAACGAGAGACUUAACUCUGACAGAAAUGGCAAGAAAAGAAUAAUCACUUUCAAUAAGCAUUCUCCUACUACUAAGAGAGAAGGAAGAAGGCUUCUCAAUCCCCAGGCUUUAAUUAGAGGCAAGAAUAAUUACACAACUCAGAGAAAGGAGCCAGAGAAAUUCAAUUUUUAUGGCACAGAAAAUCUGUUGAAGGCUUCUGUUAAAGCAACAAAAUUUGACAUGAAUAUGAUAAACCCAAUUAUAAGGAAGAUUGACAGCAGAAAGUCCACCCAGUGAAGUUUUGACUAG